AUGCUUAGCAUUAAGGCUUCCCUGUUAUUGUCAUGCUUGGCUCUCCUCAGCCCUGCAUCAUGCAGAGCCAUAGAGGAACGGGCCGUUGCGGAUCAUGCCGUUACGUUCCAGACCAUUUACAAGCCUCCCUCUAACUACAAUACUCCCAAGACGCUGUAUGGUCGAAAUGUCCAGCUUGCUGAUGGAACUAUUCUUGCUACUUGGGAGAACUACAGCCCAGAGCCACCUAUGGUUUACUUCCCCAUCUACCAGAGCAAGGACAAGGGAUCAACCUGGGCGCCCCUAUCUAACGUGACUGAUACCAAGAAUGGCUGGGGUCUUCGCUACCAGCCCUUCCUAUACGUUUUGCCCCAGGCCAUAGGCAAUCUUGUCAAGGGAACUAUCCUCCUUGCUGGAAACAGUAUCCCCACUGAUCUCAGCAAGACUAAGAUCGACAUCUAUGCUUCUACUGAUAGUGGCAAGACCUGGAAGUACGUCUCUACCGUCGCCACGGGAGGAAAGGCCGUUCCCAAUAAUGGUGAGACUCCCGUCUGGGAGCCUUUCCUGAUGGUAUAUAACAACAAGCUCGUGUGCUAUUACUCCGAUCAGCGCGAUCCCUCAUACGCUCAGAAGCUGGUUCAUCAGACCUCUAGCGACGGUGUCACCUGGGACACUAUCGUCAACGAUGUUCGAGGAACUAAUUAUUCUCAGCGUCCCGGCAUGACAACCGUUACUAAGCUUCCAAAUGGAAAGUGGAUGAUGACCUUUGAGUACCCCGGAGGUGCUUCGCCUAACAACGACGGUUUCCCCGUUUAUUACCGUAUCUCCGACUCCCCUCUCACCUUCGAUAGUGCAUCCAAUCAGAUUCUUACAGCCGGUAGCCGUGUGCCCAGUUCUUCGCCUUAUCUCACCUGGUCGCCUUCCGGAGGACCUAGUGGAUCUCUGAUCGUCACUGCCAACAGUGAUAAUGGAAUUUACAUCAACACCAACCUUGGCGAUGCGGGUUCUUGGAAAUACUAUGACAUUCCUCAGCCCGGUGCUUAUUCUCGACAGGCUAUGGUCAUGGAUAAUCCUGAUUGGCUCUAUGUCAUGAGCGCUGGAUAUCUCGGUGGUAAUAACUGGGUCACCGACAGUGUCUUUAAGCUUCCCAACCUCUCUUAA